AUGGCGACAUCGGAACAUUCGAAAUCAUCAUUUGAGAAGACAAUGGCACAGAUAAUCGUCAAGUUUAAACUAUUUCACUCUGCAAGUAUAAUUGAAAAGUCCUCAGAGAAGCCAAAUCUCUCGACUUGUGAGCAAUCAGUUUCCUCAGCCAUUAGUGACUCUGCUAUUUCAUCUGCUUCUCGAACAGAAAAUACUGCUACUAAAUUCCACGCAUAUUGCUGUCAUGGCAGCACCAGCAACAACAAUCGUAGUAAAUACUAUCACACGCGCAACUCUCCACACUGGGACGCCAUCGAUGCGGUCAAGAACCGCGACGGAAAUUUACAACUCUCCCACUUCAGAAAGAUCAAGAGGAUUGGCGGUGGUGGCGCUGGAAGUGUUUUUCUGGCUGAGUUGAGGGGCACAAAAACAUAUUUUGCUGUCAAAGUUGAGGAGAUUGGCGGUAGUAAUGUCAGAGGAAUGAAAAACGAGAUACAGUUGCUGCAAAUGCUCGACCAUCCACUUCUCCCCACAUUAUAUUUCCAUUGUGAAAGAGGGGGCAAAUUUUAUUUUGUUACUGAGUAUUGCCCAGCUGGGGAUUUGAAUUCACUUCGACGAAAACAGAUAGGAGGUUUCUUCCCCGAGGAAAUUGCCAAGUUUUAUUGCGCGGAGAUUCUAUUAGCACUAGAAUACCUUCAUUCGCUGGGAAUUGUGUACAGAGACCUUAAGCCAGAAAAUGUGCUUGUGAGAGAAGAUGGUCACCUUAUGCUCAUAGACUUCGAUCUCUCUCAAUCAUUCCACCACCAUGGAAUUGACUUCGUUGCAGAACCGUGGAGAGGGCGGUCUCAUUCAAUAGUUGGAACCCGAGAGUAUUUAGCACCAGAGAUAGUUGAAGAAAAGGGGCAUGGAAAUGCAGUGGACUGGUGGACACUGGGAGUUUUCUUGUAUGAGCUUCUCUAUGGAAGCACUCCUUUCAUAGGGUGGGACACAGCGGAUACCAUCAGCAAUAUAGUGGAUGAGGAAUUAUUUUUUCCUGCAAUUCCUCAUGUAAGCCUGGAGGCUAAGAAUUUAAUAAGAGCCUUGCUGGUUAAGGAGCCUGACAAGCGUAUUGGUCGCAAGCGCGGAGCAACUGAUAUCAAGAAGCAUGCAUUCUUUCAAGACAUUAAAUGGCCCCUUGUGUUAUCAAGAACUCCUCCAAGCUUACCAAAGCUUCAUAUCAAGCCUAUAACGUCUGCUGAACUUCAAGUACGAGAAGAAUCUUGGUGA